AUGGGCGACGCUUACGAUUACAAUAUUCUCCAAGAGAACCCCAAGCAACUUCAUCAGGAAUUCCGCAAGUAUAUUUCUGAUAUCGCAGACGGUUUAAAGCAAUCCGAUGACAACAAGAAUGCUCUUGACGAAUACAUCACCGACGAACUCGCUCGUAUGGUUUAUGGGUCUAAUAUGAUCGAAGUUGCCGGUGGAGGUGUCGAUAUUACACUCAAGCUCUGCAAGGAUGUCUUUCGGGGCAAAGAACUUCCCGAAGAGAUUAAUGAGCGUGAUGAAGACUAUCAUGAUCUCAAAAUCCAUCUCCUAAACAAGAACUUGCCUUCUGGACAUGAGGCUAUUCUACGAAGCCGCCGAGAGAUCGUGCAGCAUGCCGAAGCUGCUCGGUAUAUGAUCGAUCAAGUUUGUAUCAAGGGCAAAGAUUUGUCUCAUAAGAUUAUCAGCGAAGCUCAUGGUAUCCUGACCUACAAGAUCGACCUCGGCGACACGCCUUGGCCCUAUUACAGUGGAGUGUACCGGACAUGGAACGUCCGGUGCGGUUCUCAUGUUUUCAUGGAUGAGAGCAAAGUCCCUGCUGCAAUGCGCGAUAUGAUAGACGAACUUGAUUCUGAUAUCAAGAAGGCAGCUGAAGAAGGACAAAUUGACCCUGUUGUACUUGCAAGCAAGUAUUGUCAUAAGUUUGUCAAUAUUCACCCCUUUGCAGAUGGCAAUGGCAGAAUAUGUCGUCUUAUUCUCAAUGCCCUUCUCCUGAAAUAUAGCGGGGGGUUUAUCUGCAUCGGUCAGGAUGGCCAAGAUCGACAAGAGUAUCUGCGUAUUGCUGUAGCAACAAGUGUCGAAGAAGGCUCACAGAUUCAAGAGACUGGAGCUGCGAAUUACAAGCAGCUGGCAUCUUUCACACUACGACACGCCCGCGACAGCAUGCGCAAGGUUCGACAACUUUUCAAGCGGGAUGCUUAA